AUGAUAAAGAUGAAAAAAGAGACCAGCCCGAAAACCUGCAAUAUCCUUUCGUAUGCAAAGGGGUCUCCCGUCCAGUCCAUUCUCAAGAACGGCCCCCAACCUACUGCAGUAUCCGUACUACGUCGUCUCGUCUCGACCACCUUUUUACGUGGACGCGCUGAAGAUCGAGGGUUGUGGGUGGUUGCUAUGCUCAGAUAUGGUGAAGCGGGCGCGUUGUCUAUCUUUCUGAUUCCCGUACACAACACACACAAGGGCACCUCCAGUUUUCUAGAUUUUUUGUUGAUGGAAACUACGGGAUGGUAG